AUGGCGAUGCGCAUCAUGGACAUCCGCAGCCAGCUGGCCAAGGAGUUCAUCCAGGACCUCACCGACGUGGCGGAGGAGAACAGCACCCUCAUGCGCGAAACGCUCCACACCUCGCUCAUGGGCACCAUCGACUCGGCGUCGUCGGGCACGGACUCGGAGCCGGCCAGCGGCGCGAGCACGCCGCCGCGCAUCUCGUCGCGGCCGGUGGCGGCAACGCCGGCGGCGCCGCCCACGCCCGUGGCGCAGCAGCCCGGUGACGUGGCUGAGGCGCUGGCGGAGGCGGCCGCGCUCGCGGCGGAGCGCGCGCGGGAGCGGCAGCGCAGCCUGGACGAGCUGGCGCGGGUGCGGCGCGAGGUGGAGGCGGAGUCGCUCGCGCGCGCGGCGGCUGAGGAAGCAGCAGCUCGCGAGGCCGAGGAGGCCGCGGCUGCAGAGGUUGCAGCCCAGGAGCAGGCGCAGCGCGAGCUGGAGGAGGAGCAGCAGCGCGCGCGGGCGUUGGCUAUCGCGCGCGCUCAGGCGGCGGCCCUGGCCGCAGCCGCUGAGGCGGAGGCGGAGGCCGAGGCCGAGGUCGAGCGCAACCAGGAGCGCAUAGCUGCCGAGCUGGCACAGCAGCAGGAGCAGCAGCUGCAGCAGCAGCAGCAGCAGCAAGGGCAGCAGCAGCAGCCCGUGGAGGAGGUGCAGGUUGAGGUGCAGGCCGAGGCGCAGGCAGAGGAGCAGGCAGUCGUGCUUGUGGAGGAGGAGGCAGCCGCCGAGGAGACGGAUGCUGCUGCUGUACGUGCAGAGCAGGAGGCUGCUGAGCUGACUCGCGCCCAAGCUGAGGCCGACGAGACGGCGCGCGUUGAGGCCGACGCCGAAGCCGAGGCCCGCAGCAAGGCCGAGGCUGAGGCACGCAGCGAGGCCGAGGCGCGCAGCAAAGCCGAGGCUGAAGCCGAGGCCCGCAGCAAGGCAGAGGCCGAGGCACGCCAGGCUGCCACCGCCGCGCGUGAGCGUGCUGAGCGCGAGGCCGCUGCCGCAGCGCGCGCGCAGCAGGAGGCCGAGGAGCUCUCUCGUGCGCAUAGGGAAGCGGAGGAGCAGCGCAAGACGGAUGAGGAGGAGCCUGUGUCGAUCGGCGUGCCGCUGCUGGGCAGCGACAAGGCCGCCAUGAUCGCCGCCCUCAACGCAGCCUUUUUGGCGGAGCUGCCUGCGGACCUCUCGUGCUUUUCGCACCCCGAGAUCACCGGCAUCAAGCCGGACGGUGGUGUCAGUGGCGAUGCGUAG